AUCAUCGCUGCGCCGGAAGUAGUCUCGGCGGACGGUGGUCCAUCUAGCUGUAGGAGCGGUUGCUACCGACUUGGAAGAGCACUUGAGCCAUGGCGGCUCCGGCGAUUCCGCCCCCUCCGCCGCCGGGAGGGCCCCCCGGGGUGCCUGGAGGGGUGCCCGGGAAAGGGCCACCGGCGGCGGCCGCAGGAGGCGGCGGCGGCGCGAAGAGUGGAGAGGAGAGGCUGAAGGAAAUGGAAGCCGAGAUGGCCCUGUUUGAACAAGAGGUGCUGGGAGCUCCAGUAUCCUUGCCUCCUGUUGCCCCUGUGGUAGAAGCUGUCCCAGUUGCCCUGGCAGUGCCAGCUGUGUCUGCAGUCCCCCCGGUCCCUGUCAUCCGACCCAUCAUUGCCACCAACACCUACCAACAGGUCCAGCAGAGUCUGGAAGCCCGAGCAGCAGCAGCAGCCACUGUGGUGGCCCCCAUCGUGGCUCCUCCAGUGCCAUUUGUGGGCCCAGCUGUCCCCCCGCAACGCCCCCCCAUCCUCCGGCCGACCUUUGUGCCUCAUGUUCUGCAGAGAUCCGGUGGCCCUCGUCCUCUGCCAAUGCGGCCUCCUCAUCACCAGUCUAUGGUGGGGCCCCCCAUGUCAGGCCCCCAGGGCCCCCCAAUGCUUAUGGGCCCCCCAAUGCAGAGAGCACCUGGCCCGCCCCUAGGGGGCAUCGGGCCCAUGAGAUCUGGUCCCCCGGUUGGGCCAGGGAUCCCCGUCGGUCCUCUGGCGCCGCUGGUGCCUGUUCCUCGACCCGUGGUGGUGCCCCCCAAAGUGAACCCCACUGUCAUCCAGGCCGCUCCCACAGUGUAUUCUGCCCCACCAGUGAAGAAGCAAGAGGAAGAGCAUCGGGAGCCCCCGCCUCCUGUGGUGGAGGAGAAGGAGCCGGUUGGGAUGGAGGAGCCUGUGAUAGGUCCAAGUAUGCCGGAGGCGGAGCCCGUUCCAAUGGUGGAUGUGAGGAGCCUGCAGCCACUACGUGGGCAUGAGCAGCCACCCGCGCGGGGGAAGCGAUCCCGGGGACCCGAUGCUGGAUUUGUACCUGUCGAGCCUGUUGUAGAGAGCACACCAGAGGACAAGAAGAAAAUGAAGCAGGAAAAGCUCAAGCGCUGCAUCCGCACAGCUGCUGGGACAUGCUGGGAGGACCCCAGCCUACUUGAAUGGGAUUCUGAUGAUUUCCGGAUCUUCUGUGGCGACCUGGGCAAUGAAGUGAACGACGACAUCCUUGCACGCGCUUUCAGCCGCUACCCCUCCUUCCUGAAGGCCAAGGUCAUCCGGGACAAGCGCACCGGCAAGACAAAAGGCUAUGGCUUUGUCAGCUUCAAGGACCCAAACGACUAUGUCCGUGCCAUGCGGGAGAUGAAUGGAAAGUACGUCGGCAGCCGGCCCAUCAAGCUGCGCAAAAGCAUGUGGAAAGAUCGCAAUAUUGACGUGGUGCGCAAGAAACAGAAGGAGAAGAAGAAGUUGGGGCUGAGGUAACGAGGUGCAGGAUGCCGUUGUCUGCUGUUCACCCAUGAGCCCCUUGAAGCAAGGAAUUGUCUGUAGGCCUGUUCGAUCCUGCCCUCUGCUGGAGAAGAAGCAGACCGCAGGAAGAAGCUGACGGCAGGAGACCGGAAGUGCUUUGUUACUCCAUCAGUCCAAGGCCUCUUCCGUGUACGUGUGUGUUCUCUCUUUGUCAUACACAGACAAACCCUUCCCCAUUAGCUCUGCAGUCUAAUAGCAGCUUUGCGGGUUCGAUGCUGAGGAGUCGCAACCUACAAACUCAGCUGGGGGAUAGUUUGUGCGUAAUGACAACUUCCGUGGACAAAAGUCUUCCUACCCAAUAAAGUUGUGUGUAUCUUUUUUUUUUCUUACUACAUCCA